AUGUCACGAUUAAGAAAGGUGGACCGAGCCAUUCUAGAACAGAAUGAGCCCAUCGAUACAGAAGACCAAGAGCUAUUGAUAUCUCAAUUGAGGCAAAAAAAUGACGAGAACCUUACUCUUUAUACCAGAGUACUUGCGUUGUCUGUGGUCGUUGAACUUCCCAUUCUACUAUGGUUGACCAAGACAGCAGACCUGAAAAGAGACAAGACACUCUUUACGAUACUUAUAGUGUUGAGUUCAAUUCUUUCCUUGCUCAACCUACUAUAUGAUGUUAGUGCUAUUGGGGACCAUGUUCUGCGAAGGCUCAUACUGAGAGACUGGAACCGUAAUGUUGCACAAGUGGCACGCUAUGUGCUUUCUUAUCAUGGGGUGAACGUGUUGAAUGCUCUUCUAUUGCUUCAACUCGGUAAUGCUGCUCGACAGCUGGGUUUCAAGAAUAUGUAUUGCAUUGUUCCAGUGGGUAAUUUGAUCAUGGUGUUCUUGUUGAGGAAAUGGCACACAGACAUCAAGGGUAAUGUCAAGGAAUUGGAUGGUCUCAAGUAUGACUACAAGGGGGUAUAA